AUGAAAGCCGUCUCUCUCAUCGCUGCUGCGUGCCUGCUCGGCCUGAGCUGUGCUGCUCCAGUCCAGGACAAGCGCCAGACGUACUCACCCACCAAUGGCUUCUACGUGGUUAGCAAAGGAGCGGAAGGUGAAGCAGCUGAGCCUGAGGUCCUCAAGCGUCAAGGCUACAACCCGAAGUUUGGUACCUACGCCGUGACCGCCGGUGAGGAGGGCGAGGUCGCCGAGGCAGAGAUUCUCAAGAAGCGCCAGACGUACUCACCCACAAACGGAUUUUACGUGGUUAGCAAAGGAGAGGAAGGUGAAGCAGCUGAGGCUGAGGUUGAGGUUCUCAAGAAGCGUCAGGGCUACAACCCCGAGUUUGGCUACUAUGCUGUCACAGCUGGCAAGGAGGGAGAAGCCGCAGAGGCCGAGUAA